CUUCAGUCUGUUGUUACUAUUUGUUUUUGUUAUAAACACCUACCAUUUGAUAGAAUUCUAAAUGUAUUUAGUAAUUAGUUGAAUGUCUUUCGUUCUCUGUAUUGUUCCACCCCCAUGAUCUGUGCAGUGGAGUGAGCCAAGCAUUGUGGUAACCUGGGGCAACGCAAACUUGCGAACUGAUUCAUUUGUCCUGUGUGUCUGUGUGACUGUGUAAAGCGAUGAAAGAUAGCCGCUUCUGCUAGAGUCCUGUUAGAUAUGAUAGGCUUUUACUUAUAACUAACAGCUUUAGUUUUAUUUAAAGUUAGAAAGCAUUCAUUAGUUUUCAAUUUUCAUAAUUUUUAUGUUUUGUUGUGGAUUUAGAAUAGUGCAUGGAAAGUUGCCAUAUAGAAUGGGCAUAAUAAAAUCUAUUUAGCUGUAAAUAUAUUUUUUACUGGACCAUUGGUUUAGUAACCAGUUAUGUAUAUAUCUUUUUAAUCAUAUGAUGAAAACAAAAUUCUAAGUUUGUGGGGUAAAUAUGCCAGGAAACCAGGGAUACAGGGAUCCACAAACUUUUGUCCUCAUAAAACCAUUGCCAGUUGCCAGUCAAAAAGGGCUAAAAAUCCAAGCUAGAAGCCCAACGUAUUACAGCUGCUGGGAGGCAAAUCGAGAGGGUGUAUUUAGGGCCAACUACCUCCGGCGGCAGAAACAGCUCUCCCAGCAGGGGUAUAAUUCCCCCAUCAACAAACCUUAUGAGGAUCUGGGACAACCACUCAUCCUAGAGGCAAAGAAAUUCAUUCUUCAUUCUCUUGGACAAGAUGAACAGGAACCUAAAUCUGAAAAGGAGGCUAUUGAAAACUAUUCAGCAGAGGAUUCAAAUGCUGAAAGCAUACCAAAAAUAUCAAAAGGAGAAAUGGCUGCAUCAUUUGGGACCACAUUUUACCUGAGGCAAAGAAAAAAGGACAAAACUAACUUCAACAAUGAGUUCCAGCACACCAGGCAGCUGAUGAGUCGAGUGAGGCAAGGCCGGGGAUACUUUUAUCUUUUACAUGAGGAAGAAGAGGCAAAGAAUCGGGACCUAAAGGAAAAGCAGCGUUUUCAGUAUGAAAAGCACAGAACUGAGCCACAGCCACCAAGUUACAAUGUGGAAGAAAUCUCUGAAGAAGAUGAGGCUGUUACUAAUGAACAGGCAGAUAAACUGUUCCUCACAGAGGUGAAAGAAAAGCGGAGAAAGGAAAGCAAGAGCAUGAGACGUCCAUUUACCCCAAUCCACCACAGCUUACUUUCAAGUCACAUCUUUGAUGCAGACCUGGAAACUCUCUUCCGUCAACUCUGUGCUCUUCACUGGCUGCUCGAAUCUCUAACCUUAGAACCCUCCAGUGCUAUAAGGCCUGUGUCUUCCUGCUGGAACCUAAGUAAAUGCAGUGAUGCAGGUGGCAGCAAAACACCAGUAAAAAAAAUUACCAGAGAGAAUAAUGCAGACUUGAAAUGGGAUCAGCUUCAGGCUGGAAAGGGUAAAAAGAUGAGCCAGAAAACAAGUCGCCAGUGCAGUGCAUCCUUCCGUAGCAUCUCACGCAUCAGUGGACGGUCAUCAGCCAUAGGCAGUGAGUCCUCUCUUACUCCAAAUUCAGAAGAGAUGGCAGCAGGAGGUGUAAGUUCCUCAGAUUGUAAUCUUGAAGGAGCUGAUGCAAUUGAAUCUGCUGUGACCAGUGUGCAUGGCAAGUUAAGCAAAGAGGCAGACAAAGAGCCUUUGUCUGAAUAUUUGCAGAAAUUAAUUGAGAUGAUUGCAGAAAGUAUAAAGGCAGAUUUAGAUGAAGAGGAAAGUCAGAAGAAAUGCACACUGCUAAGGGCCCCAUCUGCCCAGACUGAAGAUUUCCCUGUGAGGGAAGAUCAGCAAAGUAAUAGAAUUCUUUUACAAAGGCCAAAAAGCUCCCCGGCUACCACUUUGUACCCCUCUAACCUUGUUACUAAAAAGAAGCAAGCAGUGUUCUCAAAAAUGAGGGAUAUGUUUUUUGAAGUGGCGGCUGAUGCAGAUACAAUAUUUCAUGAUAAAGUGGAAGCAAGAGAAAGAAGAUGCCAAGAAGUAAAUAUUCAGAAAUAUCGAUCAUUGGACAGUAUGCAAAACUUCCACCAGGAUCUGGAGAAGAUGAGAAAUGCUUAUCACUAUGUAAAAGAAGACAGGGAUUACAAAGACAAAAAUAACUGGUUUGUAGUUUUGAUGUCUAGGAUCCCACAGGAAAUGAUGAAGAAUCAUAAGAUCCACAAUAUUGUGAACAAACUUGAAAAGUUAGAAGAGAAACUGUUUGUCCGAAUACGACCCAGUGCUUUCUUAAAAUUUUUGGAAGGUCUUCGCACGUGGGAACUGUGUUCUCCAGAUGUCAGUGUAGCUAUUGAGUUCGUGAGGGAACACCUAAUACAGAUGCCCUUGGAGGAGUACACAGCAUGGCUGAAUGCACGACUUGCCUGUUUUACGUCUACUGGUCGAGUCCAGAGUGCACCUCCCAGGAGAUGAUUGCUCUGAGUUACCUUGUUCUGCUGUAACAGUCAAAGAAUGCACCAGGAACCUUAUGGAAUUUACUCUUUGUCUUUACAUAAAAAAGCAUAUUGUUGGUUUA